AUGGCAGACUAUGGGAACGAUGCAGUCCCCUAUGCAGGCUUGAAUCCGACCGGGUUCCGAGAGUCUGAAACUGGAAAGGGGGUCGCUGCGUGGGAUCGAUCUAAAGAGUUCGCACUCAUUUCGUACACUCCAGUCAAGAAGCUUCUACAUACACCAGGCAGUCAAUCAAUCGCGAUUAUUGGAACGCGUGAGGAUCAUGCAGAACUUGAUAGCUUGCAGAUCAAGUAUAUUUGCCGGGUGACGUUGAUACCGACCGAUGAAGAGACUAUGAACGCCUAUGAGCACAGCAGAGGCGAAGAGGUAUCCGCUGUGGAAGCCAAAGACGGUCUGAUGACCGAGGAACGGCUGCUCGACGAAGAACACCAGUGGUGCGUGCUCUGA